UCUGACGUAGGUAGAGCCUGACGGCGUCUUCUCCUGAAAGUUGUAUAAAGCCAAGCGAGAGGUACUCCUAGUUGUUUCUCUACUCUAACAGUCAUGUAAUAAACAUUCAACAUAUUGAUAUAUUUUACGUUAAAGAUUUUCAUAGCCCACUAAACUGUUCUGAGGGUGUUAGAUAACUGAUUCAAGUUAUUCAUUAAAGGUGAUUAGUAUCACAUAUGUCAUUCUGCUCAUGAACGACAUAUCUGUGGCAGAUUAUAAACUGAUGGUAUGGAGAAACCAUCGAAUGAUGGUUUUACGCUUAACUGAUAAUUACGGAAAAUGCUUUAUGCAAUGGGUCAUUGUGGGUAUAGUUCUAAAAUAUCUUACCAUCAGGAUAAGACCGAAAUAGAAUUACUUUAUAAUAAAUCGUUUCCGUAAUCUUCCUUGUCUUUUAGAGCAUUACAAAAUAUACGUAGUACAGGAAUAUAGUAAGCAUCCUAACUUGUUUAAUUGUCUCACCAAUUUUUCUAUGUGUUCUUGUAUUCUUGCCUCUUAUUUUAAUUAUAACGAAUCGACUUGGCAGGAGUUAUUAAGAAUUUGUUCUUUGUCAUAAAUGACCAUUUUAAAUAAGGUGUAGUUUAUAAUUUGUGAGAUUGAGUGUGCAUAUAUCGUCAAUAAAAAUCCCUUACUGGCAUAUUGCUGAAGCAUAUGUCACAAAGCCAAUCACACAGGAUGUUCAAACAGUAACCGAAAUAAACGACCUUUGUAUGCAAAUAUGAGGUAUUAAAGUAUGCAUUUAAAAAAGAACUAAAAAAAAAUGCAGUCGUUAAAUUCACUCCUGUUAGUUUCCUGCUUCCUGUUAGUUUGCGCGAUAAAGAAGUACAAUAGUAUCUAUCUUUACUAUUAAAUUAGCUAACACCUGCAUAGCCUCUAUUUGCCACAUCACAUUUGAAGCCGUCGGAUCGCAGGCCCUAUUCAGCGCAACUUCAAAAUUGAGAAAAGUUCUGUGAUUGAUGAUCUUAUGAUACAAUACGUUUGGAGGACCUUAAAUAUUUAUUAGGCGGCUAAACUGGAGAGUCUUUGAGAAGAAAUUGCAGUCCCGCAGAUCAGGACGAUAAGUAUUUUGUCAAAAUAGAAUUCACGGAAGCAAUCAAGAAGCGUCCUCCAGACCGGUUAGCUAUGUUAUUAUAUUGUUCCUAUAUAUAAAGAUUAAUAUUUAUGUUUGCCAUAGGUCGGACAUUCGUUAUCGCGCCAUGAUGAUUCCGGCAACAAACAUUGUCAUAACUAUGAUAAAUUGAAAAUCCUGGCAGUGAAUUAACUCGUUAAGUUUGUGGGUAUUUAAAAUUUCUAAGUCUAAAGGGUACCAAAAUGAAAUUACGACAAAUUUGAACAAAUAGUUUUUCCGACUGCACUCGUGCAUUUAGUGCAGGAGCGGUCAGAGGAUCAACUUCCAGCUGAAACAGGAAUUAAUACAAUUCGAUCUACAUACGAUACGAUAGACAUAGCCAGUAUUUUAUGAUCCUAAUUAUAUAGUUAGCAAUAUGUUUUCUAACGGUCUUUUUAAUGGUUUUAAGGUUUAAUAGUCCAAACUACCGCGUCGACCUAGUUUUUUUUAUCGACUUGCUUAUUUCUCAAUACUGAUUUUCUUUAAUUGAGCAAUUAAUUGAAAUCGAUGCGCAAGACAUUUUACAGAUCUUAAUUUAUAAAAUUAAGCACUGCUGUUAUGAGUCAUAGUGACGUUAUAGCAAAAAAAUAAUUGUAUUAGCCUAAUUAUUUCGAGGAAUUGUAUGCACUCUUUACAACUCUCUGCAUCGCAUUACAAGUUGAACUUAUUUUAUAUCCCCACUGAAAGUUGCUAUUUUUCUUGACCUACCUUUAUCUGAUCUCAUUUGUAUUAUAUUAUAUAUCAAAACUUUUACGAUCGCGUGCACCACAAACGGAUGAUUUAAUUGGGUAUUUUACUCAUUAAAAUGUUUUAGUCCAUGCUAUAUGUAGGUCUUAGGUAAAACAAUUGACAUAAGCUUCUGAAAGUAAUUUUGCAGACAAAGCCUAUGUUUGUAAGACAUCUUAUAAGCUGUUGUAGUUAAUUACAUAUUAAAAGAUGAUGUUGCUUUAAUGUAAUACGACUAGAAUUAUUAUUUCCAAUAAUGUUUACAUUGACGGUAGCACUUGCCGAUAUAUCUGCAUAUAUUUAGAGUUCGUGUAAAGCGAUUAUGAGAAUCAGAAGGUUUUUUUCAGUAUGAAGUUCUGAAAGAGUUCGCAAAUUUUAUAUGUAUCAUCACAUUUUCUAACUUAUUUUCACUUUGACUGACAAUUGUACCAACGUGUUUGUAAAACUCCGCACCAUGUCUUAGAUCAGUCCUAGAAGACGAUAGCCUCUCUCUUGAUAUACAGAAAUGAAGGGUGUCCUUUAUCUGGGGCAACUUUUGGAAAAAAGUAAGUACACGGUUUCUUUGAGGCUGCCUUGAACUUAUUUGCUGCUGUUUACGAAAAUUGCACAAGCGAUUUCCAAUACGUUGAAAAUUAAAAGUCAUGAAAGUAAUAAUUUAUUAGCAAAGCAUGCUUCUAGUAUAUGAUUUGUUUUUUUUAUAUCGGCUAAGACGAGCCCGAUCAACGACUAACAUAUGCGGGUGCCUACGAGUCGGUUGUAGUGUUUUUCCAAGCAAGGGUUUUAGCCCUAUUCGGGGAAACUACCGACAUACCAGAUUUUUUUUUGUUUUAGUGACAAAAACCCAGUGGCUCAACAACACGUGGGAUUGAAGCUAAGUAAAAAGCUCUGGCGAAAUUUCGGCGAUGAGGCGAGGUCUAAAGCUGUUUUCACAUAUGAGAAAACCUAUGACGACAAUAAAAAGGAUGGGUGGUAACCACUUAAUUUCUGAGGUGAUGGCUACAGGAAUCCACUCAUCACCUAGAGAAUAUUUUAUGGAAGAAGGUGCGACGGGAUAAGUAACCUGUUGUCUGGUCAUGAACCCGAAGAAUAGCAGGCAUAUCAGGUACACUUUAAUAAGAAAGCAAGCCUUACAACUGACGGAAAACUUCUCACCAAAAGCAUACAGACUUGCUUUGCCUAAAAGGAGAUAUCUCCAGGGCCGCAAAUGAUAAAAUCGGUGCGUCAAAGCAAGUAUAACUUCAAUUACUCCAGCAUACAUCAUGUUAGGGACUAAUUCGAAAUAAUAAAACACCUCGAUACACGCUAAGAUUGCGUAAGCGGGAUGCAUAUGUGAGCUGAGCUUAUAAAAAGAUAUGCAGUGUCCAGAUUUACGAGAUAUGAGUGUGCUGGAAGUCGUCUAUGCAUCUAAGAAGGGUUGCAGUAAGGCCAAUGGACUCAACGUAACUGACUAAAUAGCUCCGGAAGUGCGUGGUUUUAUGGCGAAUACAACGUUAAGGAAGAAUAUAUGAGAAGAAUCUUUUAUAAAAUUGAACAGCGACAUGCGUUUUAAGCGCAAAAGAGCUAGCACAACAGAGUGGGUGAGAUGUGCGCAGUGUUAUGGUCCAUACACAUAAGGUCUCGGAUUCAAGCUCCAGCUAAAACGGUGAUUUUUCCAUUAUUUGAGUUAUUAAUAUUGGUACUUUACGCUGUGAGUUUGGUUAUACUGCUUACUUGGAAUAUCUUCGAAGUUGUGUCUACUGCACCAAGGCAAUAAAACGAACAAACCGCUUGCGGUGGGGGACAAUCUACAUAAGUGAAACUCGACCCUAUUUUACGUCUCAAGUCCAAGUUUUUGACGGUUAGAUGGGUCAACUUUUUUGAAAAAACCGACCCAGUUUCGUGUACUUCCAUAACUGUUUGGGUCUGGGCAUGAGCAACAUUACGGGUUUGCUUCUUUCUCUUUUUGAGCGUGGCAUGUCCAGCUCGACAACCAGAGUGUUUAAAAAAUCUUUUCCUAGUAGUACCAUACGUAUAACUUUGUAACACAAUGUGAAACUGCUCAUUGUCUCUUCAUAAUUAUUGAUUUGCAGGCUAAAAUGCUUAUCUUCAGUAAUAAGGCUUUAAAGUAGUUUGUGCGUUGUUGGAAAAAGAUCGACAUCAAGUUGAUUGACGACUUCUACAACAAGGCACUCGGCCCGUACAUAAUUUAGACUGGCGAACCAUGAAGAGCGCGUCUAUGAAAUGAAAAACCUUAUGACGUCUAACCAGGGAUGCCAUGUUGCUAUCUGAUAUAGCACCCAACUGACCAUUCAACAUAACCGUUUGCUUUCACUACAAUUGAAAGGACAGAUAACAGUCACAAUGGACUAUCUGAGUCGAAUAAAGUCGACUGUCGUUGAUACGGUCUCCAACCUUUCAUCUGUGCUGACCGGCAACCCUCUAAGCGGGCAAUACGAGAUGGGUGCAUACCUAGGAAGCUAUGGACCCUGCCUACUUUGGAAAAUGUUUCAGGCUACAAAGAGAUCGACUCGAGAGGAGGCUUGUGUCUUUCUACUUGAAAAAAAAUCCCUUGACAGGUACCCCAAGGCAGAGCGCGAAUUUGCGCUGACUAUGCUGAAACGAGGCGUGGCAGGGCUUACACGACUGCGGCACCCCGCCAUAUUGACAGUGUCGCACCCUUUGGAAGAGUCUCGAGAAUCCCUGGCUUUUGCAACAGAGGCCUGUUUUUGUUCAUUAGCCAAUAUUGUAGCAACCGAACGGCCCGCUUCUCCAAAUGUAGAAAUUCCAGAGGCUGUCCGGGAGUACAAAUUACAUGAAGUCGAGAUAAAGUACGGUCUUGCUCAGGUGUCAGAAGCCCUUGCUUUUCUUCACCAAGCGAAGCUAGUGCAUGGAAACGUUUGUCCAGAAUCAAUAGUCAUUAAUAAAAAAGGCGCUUGGAAACUAGCGGGCUUCGAACAGUGCAAAACAUUAACGGAGGAAACUGCGAGAUAUAGUUUUGACUCGACAUCACCGACAGCAACUCUGCCUAAUUAUGAAUACAUUGCACCGGAAUGUGCACUCCAAGAGAUGUGUUGGCCGGCAAGUGACAUGUACUCCUUGGGAGUCCUGGUCUAUGCUGUGCAUAUGAAUGGGAUUACGCCAUAUUCAACACGAGGUAGCUUUGAAACACUCAAAACUUGUCUAGAACAGAUGAAAAAUUUUCCUAAGGCAAAACUGCAAACUCUACCCCAAGGCGCCAGAGAGUAUGUUAAGUUAUUAUUAAGUUUUAACCCUCAGCUGCGGCCUGACGCCCAUCAGUUUGGAAAGCUUCCAUAUCUUGAGGAUGUGGGUGUUAAAACGCUUCGGGAUCUCGAUUCAUUAUAUCAGCUUGACAAGGUAGCGAAGAGCCACAUAUACAAAGGUCUGCCACCCAUUGUUGAGAAAUUACCGAAGCGAAUCAACCUGUAUCGAGUGCUUCCGUGUAUUGCUGGCGAGUAUGUAAACGCUGAAAUGGUUCCCUUUGUUUUGCCGACUGUACUAAUCAUUGCGGAAAUGAGUUCACCGGAAGAGUUUGGAAGUUCGGUAUUACCUGAGCUUCAGAAAGUGUUUCUUUACACACAGCCUGUACAUAUAAUGUACCUUCUGCUCCAGAAAAUGGAUCUUCUAAUCUCAAGGUGCCCCCCUGAAGCAGUAAGAGACCAUCUGCUUUCGAUGGUUUACCGUGCACUUGAAUGUAAUGCUCAGCAAAUUCAAGAGCUUUGUCUCAACACUAUUCCAAAUUUUGCCCAACUUGUGGAGUACGGCUCAAUGAAGAAUCACCUCUUGCCAAGGAUCAAGAAGCUGUGUAUUUCGACUAGUCUGACGUCAACUCGCGUUGGUUGUCUUGUGUGCAUGGGCAAGAUUUUGGAACAUCUCGACAAAUGGGUAGUGUUAGACGAUAUCAUCGCAUGGCUACCGGAGGUUAAGUCUCGUGACUCCGCUGUCCUUAUGGCUAUUCUUGGUGUUUACAAAAUAUCUCUCACCCAUCAGAAACUAGGAAUCACAAAAGAAAUACUUGCUUGUAAAGUAAUUCCCUUUUUAGUUCCGUUGUCUAUAGAGGGAUCACUUAAUCUCACACAAUUUAACCAGGUAAUUGCACUGGUUAAAGAAAUGAUAUCGCAGGUUGAGGUUGAGCAUCGCACCAAGCUAGAACAGACUGAUACUUUAGUAGCCGAAAAAGCACCAGUUAAGACUGUGAAAUCGCCAAGUGCCGACGAGUUGAUGUCGGAGCUUACAGUAAGUGUAACAACAGUCAAACCUCCAGAAAAUGGGCUGAAAAAUUUAUCACUGGAAGAGAAACAGCGUUUAGCACGUCAAGAAGAGUCAAUGAGGCUUUUUGAAGGUCAAGCGCCGCUUGCUUCUCGAAUCGAUGGUAGGCCUGCUCGAUUGGGGGCACAAAAACUCACUACGACGCCAAAAGACUUAACGACAUCAUUGUUAAAUUCUAACUUGAUGAACUUAGAAAACAAAACGAACAAUUUGAAACAUAAUCUUCAAGACCAACAGCAACCAUUCCAGACGCCUAACUAUAACAUUGAUACAUCCUCUCUUAUGAGUCCUACUAGUCCAUCAAACGUUUAUCGCUGGGGCACACAGAAUUCGCUAAGUAACUUGAAUCAGAACCUCGCAUCAGACUGGUCAGUAGCUCAGAGCGCAGUGACGAAUGCGCCGUCUGGCGGAGGGUGGGAAGAGUCUUGGGGGGACUGGUCAACCUCCACUACUGGUGCAUCCAAGGGAGUCAAAAAUGCGAACGUUGAUUUAUCUGAAUUUGACACACUUAUGUCGUUCGACAACCGAGGACCCAAAAAGGACAUAUUAAAACGAAACAGAAACUAAACAUCGUCAACUAGUUGAAAUAAUUUACAUAUGAGAAACAUUCAAAAUUUAGCUACUCUUUUUCCGGUUGUAAGAUCAAGAAUAUUUCAUAAGCGGCUUCGAUUAAUAAAUUUAUACCGUACGUUUAUUUCGCUCAGAAGUUAAAUUUUACGUGAUCUAUUGGUUUCGGAAAGGUUAUAUCCGAAACAUCAUAACAACUGAGACGUUACCGAUAGAUAUGUUCACGUAUCGCCAUUUGAUGUAUGGAUCAUUAAAGCCGAACACCUGUGAAAUUGUACUGUGUUUUGAUCAGCUAUGCUUAGCUCGACAUGUUGAUGUAAAAUAAAAGUUAUAUUCUACA